AAUAAGGAAGUAAAUAAGUAAAUAAAUAAAAAUUAAAUAAGACCCAGCUAAUAAACUAAAAGAGGGGCAAAAAGAGGGGAAUCUAAGAUGCGGCGGCCUUUUUUUGGUCUUGCCGUCUUGCACACUUCCAUAAAGGCGCUUAAGCGAAAGGGGGACCACCGGCUUUUACUCCGAACGUAAGUCGCCCGCGGAGAGGCUCCGGCGCGGUUUCUUCCCCCAAACAGGUAGAGAGGUUUGAGGGGGGGGGGAGAACGCGCCGCUUACCUGAAGAGCAACCCCCCUCCCCAAUCCCCUCGGAAUCACGGAGUGGACAGAGAGGGUUGCCUCUCCCACAUCGGGCAGCACAUCUGGGUUUUGCGCGGAUCCGGCUGCGCUCAAAGGAGACCCAAGCAGGGGUCGGUCGGUCUGUCUGUCUGUGGGGGUGGGGCGGUCCAGUCUCGUAGGAAACCCCCCUCGUCUCCGAACCCCCCAUUUUCCCGGAGCUCCUCGUUCUCCCCCGAACGCCAAACAAUAAGCGUGCAAAGCGAAAGGCGGCUGGUUUUGCACGCGAGCGAGCCCUGAGUGUGUGUGUGUGUGUGUGUGUGUGUGUGUCAAGGAAAGCGGGGAGGUUUCCCCCUGCGGAGAACGGCGAAGAAAGUGCCAAAGGCUUCGCAGGGUGGGGAUCCCCCUUCCCCCCCUUCCACUUCUCUCUCUGCCCUUCUCUGUCUCUCCUUCUCUCCCUCUCCCCUUCUCCCCCCCCCCCGGUGUAUUUUUUUUUAUCAAUCAGCGGGUCCGAUUGCCAUUCAGCUGGCUUCCCCAGACAGGAAGUUCUCCCCUUUGAUGCUGGGGGGGGGGAGGAAGGGAGAAGAGAGAGGGGGGGGAAGGGAUCGAAAGACAAUUAUUUGCGUUGUUCAACUUGGCUUUUCAAGAUUGUAACUUUCGAUGGUCAGAAGGUGGAGUGGAAGCGAAGGGAGCUUGGGGAGGGGGGGGGGGCGGCGGAGGAGACUGGGGGUGGGAGGGAAGGAGCCAGCCAGCCAAGCCAAGCCAGCCAGCCAGCGGAAGGCGUCUAACUCGAAGCUCCCUUUCAGAAGAUAGGAAUCUGGGACAGAUUUUGCCAACAGCCAGAAGCGCGGGGCCCUUUGGUAAUAAAAUAGCCCAUGUAAUUUGACACUUCAACUUGCUGGGCUUCUCUGCGAGUUGAUUCACUUUUAUUCUUUCUACUAACACGGUGCUCUUCCCCCCCCCACCCGCCCCCUCCUAUGGCUGGGUGAAGGUUGGGGUGGUUAUUUUUUUCUCCUUAAAAAAAUCCUUGGGUGAUCCUUAUUUUUUUUAUUAUUAUUAUUUUCUCUCUUCGCCGCCCACCGCCCCCCCUCCCCCGGAAAAAGCAAGGGAAUAAGCGCGAUUGAAGAGAGACACACACACACACACUCACAAACACACAGACACACACACACACACACACACAACUUCACCUUCCCCCCCCCCCCCGAGCCGCCGGACCUGCAAUCCGCAGGGCGAGGAGAGUGGGAGAGAGAGAGAGAGAGAGAGAAAGGGUGGUGGGGGGACGACAAAACCGAGAGUAUUGGGGGUCUUUUUGAUUUCUUUCCAUGCCGCUUCUCCUUUUGGCCUUUUGGAUGGUUGCUUUGCCCGCCGGCUUCCCUGUGCGUUUCGCCCGCCGGCCGCCCCAGCUGCUCGGCUUCUCCAGCGCCGAGCCUUAAGGAACGACCUUGAUAAUUGAAGGAACUGCUCUGGGCUACCAACACCUCCUCCUCUUUCUGUUUGUUAAGAGCUCCUGCGUGUUAAUUGACGUUGGCCUCUUCCAAGAGUUAAAAGAAAGAAUCUGAGGCGCUUAUUGUAGAAGAUCACAUUUGCCUUUGUUAACAGCAAGCAAGUGGGAGAGAGAACUCAAACCAGCAAUUUUAUUCCUAAAUGGAAAAUAGACCCUGUUAUGUGAAGUCUCAGAAGGUGUAGGUGGUACAGCUCCCUGGAGAGGAGAUGCUUAUGGGACACUCAGCUUGAGGGAUUUUAAUGGCUUUCAGGUAGAACUGAAGUGGAGACAAUCGCAAUGAAUUCUAUGGACAGACACAUACAGCAAACUAAUGACCGACUGCAGUGCAUAAAACAGCAUUUACAAAAUCCUGCCAAUUUCCACAAUGCAGCUACUGAACUUCUGGACUGGUGUGGUGAUCCAAGAGCUUUCCAGAGGCCCUUUGAACAGAGCCUUAUGGGCUGUUUGACGGUGGUUAGCAGAGUGGCAGCACAACAGGGUUUUGACCUGGACCUUGGAUAACCGGUUACUAGCUGUUUGCGCAGCCAACAGGGACAAGUUCACACCGAAUCAGCUGCGCUGCUUUCAUCGUGGUGUGAAGAACUUGGACGACUCUUGUUGCUACGUCACCAGAAAAGCCGGCAAAACGACCCUCCGGGGAAGCUGCCCAUGCAAGCACCCAUGAACUCCAUGAAACCUUCCCUUUCGCAUAGGUGCAUAUGUGACGGCUGCCACCUUGACAGACCCCAGAGAUUGAAACGGGGACCUCCAGAGCUGAAAGCUGAUGGAUCAUUUCCUUAUGACUCUGUUCCUUGGCAACAAAAUAGUAACCAACCACCAGGUUCCCUAUCGGUGGUCACGACAGUAUGGGGUGUGACUAACACAUCACAGAGCCAGGUGCUGGGAAAUCCCAUGGCCAACGCCAACACUGCUAUGAACCCAGCAGGCAACCCCAUGGCUUCUGGGAUGACGGCCAGCAAUCCUGGCAUGAAUUCCCCUCAGUUUGCAGGACAGCAGCCGUCUUUCUCGGCCAAGGCCAGCUCCAACCAGUCCUACAUUCAACAAAGCAUGUACGGACGACCCACUGCAUAUCCCGGCAGUGGAGGCUUUGCGGGAAGCUAUCCAGGAGGCCCUAAUAACCCUGCGGGAAUGGGGAUGCCACCGCACACCCGACCCCCUACUGAUUUCACUCAACCAGCUGCUGCCGCCGCCGCUGCAGCUGUUGCUGCUGCCGCCGCCACUGCCACAGCUACAGCUACCGCAACCGUUGCAGCGCUGCAGGAAACUCAAAAUAAAGAAAUGAAUCAAUACGGACCGGUUUGUUCCUCUUUCCAGAUGGGUCCGGCACAGCCUUACAACAGCCAGUUCAUCAACCAGCCUGGCCCUCGCGGUCCCGCUUCCAUGCCAGCCAACCUGAACCCGGCAUCCAUGGGGGCGAGCAUGACGCCUUCCAAUAUGAGCGGGCCACCCAUGGGCAUGAGCCAGGCCAGACCUCCGGGAAUGAGCCCUUUCAACCAUGGGCAGAGGAUGCCCCAGCAGGCUUACCCUGGUCCCCGUCCCCAGUCGUUACCCAUGCAAGGCAUGAAGAGAACAUUUCCUGGAGAGCCAAAUUAUGGAAACCAGCAAUACGGACCAAAUAACCAGUUUCCAUCCCAGCCUGGCCAGUAUCCUGCUCCCAAUGCUCCAAGACCCCUUACGUCGCCCAACUACCCAGCGCAGAGAAUGCCAAACCAGCAAAGCACGGGGCAGUAUCCCAAUCCAGCCGUUAACAUGGGGCAAUAUUACAAGUCAUCCAGGCCUCUUUCUGUAGCAAAUUACCCUCACUCACCUGUUCCAGGAAAUCCGACACCACCUAUGACUCCCGGCAGCAAUAUGCCUCCCUACCUGUCUCCUAAUCAAGAUGUCAAGCCACCUUUCCCGCCGGACAUUAAGCCAAAUAUCAAUGCUUUACCACCACCUCCAACCAGCCAUAAUGACGAGCUGCGCCUGACGUUCCCUGUGCGAGACGGGGUCGUCUUAGAGCCCUUCCGGUUGGAGCACAACCUGGCGGUCAGCAAUCACGUCUUUCACCUGCGGCCAACCGUCCACCAGACCCUCAUGUGGAGAUCAGACUUGGAGUUACAAUUCAAGUGUUAUCACCAUGAAGACAGGCAAAUGAACACUAACUGGCCAGCGUCGGUCCAGGUCAGUGUCAACGCAACUCCACUCACCAUUGAACGGGGCGACAAUAAGACAUCGCAUAAACCUCUGCACCUCAAGCACGUUUGCCAGCCAGGAAGAAAUACAAUUCAAAUCACUGUCACAGCAUGCUGUUGUUCCCAUUUGUUUGUUCUGCAGUUAGUACACCGGCCUUCAGUCCGUUCUGUUCUUCAGGGCUUAUUAAAGAAGCGCCUGCUUCCGGCUGAACAUUGUAUCACCAAAAUCAAGAGGAAUUUUAGCAGCGUGGCCGCCUCUUCGGGCAACGCUCCUCUCAACGGAGAAGAUGGUGUGGAGCAGACGGCCAUCAAAGUCUCUCUCAAAUGUCCCAUCACAUUCCGGCGGAUCCAACUUCCAGCAAGAGGUCACGAUUGCAAGCAUGUACAGUGUUUUGAUCUGGAAUCCUACCUGCAGCUGAACUGUGAACGAGGCACCUGGAGAUGCCCCGUAUGCAAUAAAACAGCUCUGCUGGAGGGCCUAGAGGUGGAUCAAUACAUGUGGGGCAUUUUGAACGCUAUACAAAACUCUGAGUUUGAAGAAGUCACAAUUGAUCCAACGUGUAGCUGGAGACCUGUCCCAAUCAAGUCAGACAUUCACAUCAAGGAUGAUCCAGAUGGCAUUCCUUCCAAAAGGUUCAAAACCAUGAGUCCCAGCCAGAUGAUCAUGCCUAAUGUGAUGGAGAUGAUUGCUGCCCUGGGUCCAGGUCCAUCUCCCUACCCAUCAAUCCCACCGCCUCCCGGAGGAACCAGCUCCAAUGAAUACAGUAGCCAAGGUAACAGUUACCAAGGCCACAGCAAUUUCGAUUUCCCCCAUGGGAAUCCCGGUGGGACAUCUAUGAACGACUUCAUGCAUGCUCCCCAGUUGUCACACCCACCGGAUAUGACCAGCAACAUGGCAGCGCUUGAUAAGCCCUUAAGUCAUCCUAUGCAGGAACCUAUCCCUCAUCCUGGCAACACUGAUCAAUCCCAUAGCUCCAUGCCUCAAGGUUUGCACGUCCCUCAUCCCAGCAGCCAGUCAGGGCAGCCAUUACAUCACAGUGGUCCCCCGACUCAGCCGUCCCGGCAGCCGACCCAGGCCGCUUCUAGCAACCAUCCUCACAGCGAUCUGGCUUUUAACCCCUCGACAGCUUUAGAAGCUCAACCUGGUGGGCAGGGGACAUCUGACAUGCCGGAACCUUCGCUGGAUCUACUUCCCGAGCUCACGAAUCCCGAUGAGCUACUUUCCUACUUGGAUCCUCCUGACUUACCAAGCAAUAGCAACGAUGACCUUCUCUCUCUCUUUGAGAACAACUGAAGCCUUCUUCAUUUCACUCCCAACCCACCUCCCUCCCGUCGGACACCUCCGUAGCUUCACAGCGAGGCAUCGCGAGUGACUCUUUCCCACGAGGUCAAGCUCACCACUCGAGCGUACAGCAGCACACACUCCUUCCUGUCUUCACCUCGGACCUGCUCGAGUCCCAAGUUUGGACCGCGGCGGUGAAGAGAAGCAAGAGGACAAUCUGGGGUUGACCUCUUAGACUGCCUGUCCACAUCCCAGACCGUUUGUACAGCUAUGGGAAAAAUAAACCCUCACUCUGGUUCUACAGACCGAAAGAGUGGAUGACUUUUUGGGAUAUCUAGCAAGGAACAUCCCAGCCACUCUCAGCAAGGAAAGAAAGAAAAAGGGCCCCAGGUCCAUCCUUGACCAGUUUCAGAGUGUCUUUCCAACCGAUGUUCUUCCAUGCGUUUCCUUCCUCCUGUCUGUUCCGCUCGGUCCUCUCCAAGUUAUGCAGAUUCCGGUCUACCUGUCGGACAAAAUAAGGACAACCGUUGGCGGCACAGUUCAGACUCGGAACUCAAAAAUACCAAAAAGCACAAAGAAAUCAGUCAUGUCACAAAUAUACAACAUGUGUCAGAGGGAGACAUCAGACAGUGGGGCUUCCCCACCUACCCAUCCACCCACGUGGUCCUGUGAAAUCUCCAGGUUGUAGCAAGCAUGGGGUGUUUUUUUUUUUCCUAGUCAAUUGUAGCAUCUUUGAUUUGAUUUAAUCACUCUUGUGGGCAGAACAGCUCUUUCCCUUUACACAACGUGUUGUGGUCCGACGUCUUGUGUUUUUUUUUCCCCGACAAACGCUUUCACUCCGUUGAUUGUCUUUUGGGUCACAGAACGGCCAGUCUCUGAGGAGGGGAAAAAAGGAGAAGGAAAGAAAAAUUGGAGAAAGGCACGAACCUUUUUUUUUUGCAUAGGAAAUCAGAAAACCCUGCAACAUAUUAGCCGUGAGAACGUCUCUCUUUUCUUUACUUAGGCAGUCAAAAAAAUUGCUCCGUUCCUACAGAAAACAGGAAAGGGGAAGGGACGGGAAAGAACACCCCCCCCCCCCCAGCAAGGUGAGGGAAAAA